AUGCUGGACCUCGCCCAGAACAUGCUGCGCAGCCUCGACGCCGUGCCGGCCGACCUCCCCAGGCUGGUGGUCGGCAUGGGCAGCGGUGUCUGCGAGGGCCUGGGCGAGUUCUGGAACACGGCCUGCAUCGACAUCUACAGGGACAGCGUGCCCGAGGAGGAGGUCGCCUGGGGCUCCAGGGAGUACUACCAGGUGGUGCUGCGCAAACACGUCGUCCUCACCAUAGUCUCCCUGAGCGGCCUCGCCAAGGACGUAGUCUUCAGCGAUCCGGACAUCGUGUACUUCGCCAACCCGGGCACCGCCUUCAGGACCGAGACUGGCGGAGGAUCACGACAUCAUGUUUUCUCCCAACAACUACCUCGAGCCCGAUGCCGAGAGCGUCGAAGAACUGGCACCCGAGUAUGAAGAAAGGCUGCCAGUGCGGUGCCGUAGCGGCACGUUGCGACGGAUGCGAUGUUCCAAUCCCGCCUCCUCCUGUCCUUAUCUUACCAGGUUGAAGCAUAUCCCCAUCCCUGUGCUUGGCAUCACAUCACCUCGAUGCCGGUAUUAGGCAUUCCCUCAGUUUUUGAAGGGCACAUCCAUAAGAUUGUCCUCGUUGUUCGCCCAUCGUAGGGACUGGGAUACUUUCGAGGCUUGUCCUUAUCCCUACCGCUCCCUUCCCCGCCUCCAAGUCGCGCUCCCCC